AUGGAGGACAUCAACGGAGGCGUGUCCAAAGCGAUGCAGGAGGAAGAGGAGAAGAUGCGUCUGCAGCGCGAAAGAGAAGACGCGAAACGCGACGCGGAAAUGGAGCAGGAGAGGCAAGACGACAUGAACAGCGGGAAGGAGAUCCUCGACAAGAAAUUUCAGCAAUUAGAGUUUUUGAUGAAUAAGAGCAAGCUAUAUGCAACAGUAAUGCUCGCGCAAAUGCAACGCCAAGAAGACGAAGAGAGAGUGCAAGACGAGAAGACGCACGGCCAAUCCUCGAAGCGUGAGAAGAAUGCGGAUCAGGUCGCAGUCGAAUCACAACGACGCGCUACGCGCGCAUCUGCCGCGAACAGUGGCGAAUCUACUUCCCAAGCCCAGAGCAGGGUCACAACGCAGAAAAAAGCUCGCAGCCAACUAAAGAAGAGGGAAGCGAGGGGAGGAAAGAUAUCAGAUUUCUUCAAGAAAGAAGAAAUACAGGCAAGAACCGGUCAAUCGAGCGUAGCUGAUGCGCUAAAGGAGGAGGCCGACAACGAUAAAGUCAAAACGGGAGGCAUCGGAUUCCAGGACUUGAAGUCUGCGCGUCAGCCUAAGCUUGUAACUGGAGGCACAAUGCGAUCCUACCAAUUAGAAGGGCUUGAGUGGUUGCUCUCCCUCUAUGAAAACGGAAUAAACGGCAUCUUAGCUGAUGAGAUGGGCUUGGGCAAAACAAUUCAGACCAUCGCACUAAUCGCACAUCUAUGGGAGAAGAAGUCAUAUGGGCCGUUUCUUAUUGCUGCACCACUCAGCACUACCAGCAACUGGGUUGAAGAGUUCAGGAAGUGGACUCCAAGCAUUCCCGUCGUGUUAUAUCACGGGGACAAAACGGAGCGAGCCAAAAUACGCCGGACAAAGUUGAAGAAUCCGGGGACUGACCUAUUUCCUGUGGUCGUGACAAGCUACGAAAUCUGUAUGAACGACCGAAAAUAUCUCACGGGAUUUGGUUGGCAAUUCAUCAUCAUCGACGAAGGGCACCGAAUCAAGAACCUUGACUGUCGACUCAUUCGAGAAUUGCAAUCCUACCAGUCAGCGAACCGUCUCCUGAUCACCGGGACUCCUCUUCAGAACAACCUUGCAGAGCUUUGGUCUCUGCUCCACUUCCUGUUACCGACUGUUUUCGACAAGUUAUCCACUUUUGAGAGCUGGUUCGACUUUUCUGGUCUAAAAGACAAGGCUAGCUAUGAGCAGUUGCUCUCCGAAGAACGACAACAAUAUCUUGUCAAAUCAUUGCAUGCAGUACUCAAACCUUUCUUAUUGCGGAGAGUCAAGACCGAUGUAGAGAGCUUGAUGCCAAAGAAGAGAGAGUACGUUCUCAUUGCGCCUCUCACACCAAUGCAACGAGAGUUGUAUCAGGCAAUUCUCGAUGGCACAAGUCGAGCAUACCUUGAAGAGAAGGCUGUCGAAAGGCUUAGUUUGGGUACUGCUAGUGGGAGUACAACUCCUCUAAGCACCCGGAGCAACAAUGGAAGUCGGAAGCGCAAGGAUCUCUCUGGUACACAUACCCCUAAUAAAAGCGCGAAGACCUCUCGAGAAGCUACCCCUGUUUCUGUUGCAUCGCGGCGAGGACGCGGACGACCGAGAAGGAAUUACGAAGAGCUCAGUGACCAGAAGUAUUUUGCAGAGCUUGAAACCCAAGAAAGCGAGGCCGGUGAAUAUGAGGAAGAUAUGGACUCAGAAGCGGAGGAAGAGCGAAUCCGUGUGGCGACAUUCGAGAUCGCGAAACGCCAGCUUUUGCAAAAGAAGCUAGGGAAUCCAAUCAUGCAGCUUCGACUUUGCUGCAAUUCGCCUUACAACUUCUUCAACCCAUUCAUCACCGCUGAAACGUCUGGAACCGAGACGUUUGCUUCAGAAACAGAACCUGAUGAGACUCUUGUCACUACAUCUGGCAAGAUGCUCUUGUUAGACUCGUUGCUUCCAGAACUCCUAAACAGGGGCCACAAAGUCCUCAUUUUUUCCCAGUUCACAACAACCCUGGACCUACUCAGCCAAUACCUAACCCUCCGCUCAUGGUCACAUGCACGGAUUGAUGGCUCUGUCGCGCAAGUCGAUCGACAGUCUCAAAUCCGAGCCUUCAAUAACCCACCGACUUCCAAGGACGCAACAAAUGUCUUCUUACUCUCUACUCGCGCCGGAGGUCAAGGCAUCAAUCUCGCUGCAGCAGACACCGUCAUUCUUUUCGAUUCAGACUGGAAUCCUCAACAGGAUCUCCAGGCGAUGGAUCGUGCCCAUCGCAUUGGCCAAACGCGGAAUGUCAUUGUUUACCGCUUUGCUACUCGCAACACAGUAGAACAAAAACUUCUUGAGUCAGCGGAAGCGAAACGCCGCUUGGAGAAACUCGUCAUUAGGAAAGGUGGCGUGCGGAAUGAUAGAGGAAGAGGGAAGCAAUUGGAGAAGGAACAGGAAGUGGAAGAAUUACAGAAGCUAUUGCGAAGGUCAGAUGGCGAGAAGUUUGAUGUGGAAGGGGAUGGUGGAGUGCAUCUUUUAUCGGAGAAGGAAUUAGGGAUUUUGCUGGAUCGAUCGGAUGAGGCGUAUGAGCGGGCCGAGAAGGGUCUGGACGUUGGUGGUAAGGGACAGAUGUUCCAAGCUGUCGGGAAGAGGGAGGAAAGUGCUUUGAUGGAGGGAUUGAAGGCAUAG